AUGGUAGCCAUGUGCGCCGACUUCAUCUUGAAAGAGCUCAGUGUCAGCAACUGCCUGGAAGCGCUGGAAAGUGCGGUUCGCUACUCGUAUGCUGCACCGGGUAUCCUGGAGAAAUGUUUGUGUUUGAUCUAUAAAUCAUCGAAAACUGUUUGGGAAUCGGAGCAGUUCUGCGCGAUUGGGCAAGAUGAGCUACACACCAUUCUACAACGGGAUUCGUUGACCGCCAGCGAAGACAUCAUAUGGUCGUCGGUUGACAAGUGGGCUACCAACAUGUGCAAGCAGAAGCAUAUGGAAGCUUCCUCCGCCAAUCGACGUGAAAUGCUGGGCCCGAUGCUGUUCCUGAUUCGGUUUCCGCUCUUGACCGAUACUCAACUGCUGGAUGGACCAGUGCAGACUGGAUUGCUGCUGCAGUCUGAGGCAUGGGACAUUUACCACUACAAGCACGCCGACGUCAAACCGCCGCUACCGUUCCCUACGGAGCCCCGACAGUAUGUGGAUGUUGAAGGCGUUGAAGGCGUCAUUAACUACACGAUUCCGGAUGUCAGAAUGUUGGCGGAGACAACCAGCGGUAACAGUCGGAAAUCUGCUUUGGAGUUUACGUGCUAAGAAGGAAACUAAUAAUGCAUCUGCCUAUCUUGGCGUCUCCCUGCGAUGUUCUGGCUGUCCGAAAUCGACUUCGUGGACCUGCUGGGUUAAAGGAGGCAUGC